AGCCGUUUUCUGGCGGUGCUGUUUUGGAUGCAAGAUGGCGUGUUUUGUUAUGCAUUUGUCAUAGGUCAUCACAAAUAAAAAUAUAGGGACUGAAUUUUCUUUGGAGCAAUUUUCAAUUUUUUAUCUGUACUGUGUUUGAAAGAUGGAAUGUUAACUGUAAUUUUAAUGAAUGUUUCCUGAAUGUGUCCCAAUUGGACUGAAAAGGCAUAAGCUAUUCGGUUGGUUGGUUGGUUGGUUUGGGCUAAGCACCAUAUCCGGUGGACCAAGGUGCUAACCGGAACUCUCACGCUGUUCCAAGAGGUCAGGUAGUGGCAACGCCAUGUGCAUUGCCCAGGAAUCGAACCCGUAUGGCUGAAUCUAGAGGGCGGGGGUGGUCCGGUGGCUGCACGUACCCGUCAGGACCGAGCGGCGGCGAGCGGCGGCGGAGGAGAGCGGCCCGAAACUAGUCACAGAACAGACCGCCCGGCGGCGCCAGCAGCGGCCGACAUGAUGCGACCAGUGCGACACUGCCGCUCGGGGCCGGCGACCUCGUCCGACUCUGCCGACAGCGGCGGCCCCAUCGACGACGAGCUGCUGUCGGCACCGGCGCAGCCCUCCAACGGCCACGACCGGCCCCUGAAGACACUGCACACGCCCGAGGAUCCGAAGCUGAAGCCGCGCCAUCCGUGCUCGGUGUGCCACCAGCUGUUUGCUCUGCGCAGCACGUGGCACGAGCACAUGCGCGAGGCGCACGGCAUCACCAAGCCGUUUGACUGCGACGAGUGUGGUAAGAGGUACUCGAUGCUGGGCGCUCUCAACUACCACCGUCUGACCACCCAUCGGGGAGUGGUACACGCCUGCAAAACGUGCGGCAAGAGGUUCAUGACUAAGCCCGGCCUGGUGCGACACGCCCGCUCCCAUUUCGGCGGCGUGUAUGUGUGUGAGGACUGUGAGAAGACCUACCCGACCCGGGACAGCCUGCGCCGUCACAGACAGCAGGUCCACAUGGGUGAGAAGCCGCACGUGUGCCAGUACUGCCAGGAGCGGUUCGGCGCCAGCCACAGUUUGAACCGGCACGUGAAGCGGCGCCACUCGACGGGACCGGCGGCGGCACCGGCGCCGCCGACCGCCUCCGAGCACAACUGUCAGCUCUGCCUGAAACCGUUCUCAUCGGCCGAGGCUCUGCGGAAGCACGUGCAGAGCAUGCACCGACACGCCCAGUAUCAGUGUGAGACGUGCCUGCGUCGAUUCUACGACCUGAGCAACUACACCCGACACCGGGACGCCAAGUCGUGCGUGGCCGCCGUCAGCGUGGACCUGCAGGAGGCGCCUACGAUCUCUGUCGUGGCCGCCCCGGCCGCCAGCGUCGUGACGGGCGUCACAGCCGUCACAGCCGUCACCGGGGUGUCCGGCGAGACCAUCAAGCUGGAGCCGGUGAAGCUGGAGCCGCUGCAGCCGCUGGAGCCGGCGCCGGCCGGCUCCGAGCAGGCCGACCCGGCCGCCGCCGCCGCCGCCGCCGAGAUGGAACUCGACGCCGACGAGACCAAUGAGUUCGCGGCCGCCUCGGCCGAGGACGAGUUCGCCGAGUUUGCGCGGCGCUACGGCGAGGCGGCGCCGGCCGGGGAUCACGUGGAGCUGCAGCCGGUAGACGCGGUCGAGCUGCACGCGCUGGAGCCGGCUGUCCCGGCCGAGCUGCCGGCCGCCGAGGCCGCCGCUGUGGCCGUCGAGCAGCCGACCGUACUGCUGCCGCUGACCCUGGCCGAGCCGCUGGUGGCCGGCGGUCAGGACGUCUACGUCACCCUGUACCCGGCAGGCGAGAGCAACGGCCACCGGUUCGUCUGUCUGCAGGACGGGGAGAGCACCGUGUUCGCUGAGGCGCCGCUCAUCGCCGAGCACGUGCUCAACGUCAACUAGCGCGCGGAGAGAACGGAGACAGACGAGCCGCGCUGCCCCUGUCGGCCGUCAGAGGCGCCGAGACGGACUAGCACGGGUUCCAGAGGCCAGCGCGAGCGGCCCAGUCAGAUCAUCAUCAAACAGCCUCGGGCCGCGGCUGCCGCGGGCAGACCUCGCGGCGUCCCCACGUGCGAGUGUGACGCUUGAAAACAGAGCACGCCUUGGAGAGAGGAGAGUGGACGAAUCGAUCAGGUAGCGCGCCCACGAUGCUGGGUUGUAGUCGAUUACACCUCAGAUCGCUGGCGCCCGUCGCCUUUCGCGCUUACUUAAGUUAUUCUGAAUCUUUAUUUUCUAACUUAAUUCGCAUGUUUACCGUGCAUACCGCUCUCGCCUUUGUCUGUGUGUGUAUGUGCGAGACGGUGACUCUGAAGAGAUGUCAGACAGACCCCUAGUCAUGAAAUGCGAGGCUUCGACGUCGAGCACAAAUAACCCAUACUAGUCAAUCGUUGAUCGUCAAUUAGGGGGUGCCGCCCGGCGGAUCCUCUCACUCAUUGCGCCGCCUGUGUCGCGCCCGCGUCGUGUUUGUGUUUGUCGCACCUCUUUUUGUUGUCGCGUCCGCGCAGUGUGCGCGGGAAGUCGAAUGGCGCGCCCGCCAUGCACGUAGCUAGUCCUUGUAGCGUAUCUAGUCAGUCGACCGCGCCCCGUCAGCCGGCUGCGGCCGGCGGGUGUCGCGUCCGACUCGUGUGUGCGUUUCUGUUUCGUUAGAUUAGCGCUGUGUGUGUAUGUUUGUGUGCGUGCAUGUGUUGAAGCCCACCGGACUGUCGCGUGAAAUCUAGUCAUAGCUUUUGCUGGUCACCGGUGUCAUGCGGCGCGAGUUGCGUGCCGGGCAAAGCGCGACGGUUCUCCCGAAAACCGAACCAAAUUGCAGUGCUAGUCCAGUGAAGCCAUAUGUAUUCGUCCCAGAACUGCAUGUAGCACACACUCUUAUGCCUACACACAUGCUUGGUGUUUUCCUAUGUGGUGAGCGCGUGCGUCGUGUUCAUGUCGCCGGCUAAAUACACCAGCUGGAGAAGA